CAGAAAAGAAACCGUUUUUGUGUAACUACUGUUCAUUAUAGGAUCCCUCAGCAAAUGUACACGAAUGAGGGACAGUUUUGUUUAGGGCCAAUUGCUCUGUGUUUAUGUUUACGUAAUGUGGAACUGGCUCAUACAGUUUACACAGCUUCCCGGCCCACUUUGCCUAACGCACCGGUCACAAACCGGAAGUUCCGGGUUUCAUGACGUACGACGAUUACUGUCGCCCCCUCUGCUCUUCCCGAUCAAGCUUUUCGAUCGGUUCCAACAAGCUUCUUCGUCUUGGGCAGAGUGUCUGUUUUUUAUUAUAUCAACAUUUCUCAUACUAAAAAAGGAAUCGCUGUUUACGACGACAAACCCCGCCCCUAGUGGAGAUUCCAACGCACUUCCGUAGCUUUACACGGAUUCGUUCUCCUCAAAUAAAAGGCAUCGGUUACCGCGGUGCUACAACAAUCUCUGCAGAUCCAUAGGCCUCCCCAAGUUUUCCCCUUUUCAGUGAAACUCCGCACACACCGAGUCACGUGUCGCAGUGACGUCACGCCCUGACGCCCGCAGUUCCAUUUUCAGGCCUAGGAAGAGCCGAGACUUCCGGGGUGGAAGGAAAGUAAAAUGGAUGCCGCGGUGGUAAGGCCAGACCUGUGAGACCGUAGAGCGAUAUACCGAGUUGUUAGUUCCAAAGGGCAACUUACUUUUUCUCUCCGAGCGACACAUAAACGGAAACUUUUUGUUGGCUUCUUGAAUCCAGAGGAGUUUUAGAAGACUUGUCAUGGCUACCAAUCUUGGGGAGCCACUAAAUAACGAGUGGGUUCAGCAGUAUAAUUCAGGCGUUAACAGAGAAAGUGGGAUGGAGGUACCAAUGCAAGAGAAUCCUGAGUGGGAAAAAGCAAGACAAGCAUUAGCUAGCAUCAGCAAAGCCAGUGCUACUUCAGCAAAUAAAGGACCCGAGAGUGGCCAAGCAAACUCACAGUUUGUUUCACAACAAGGAGAGGCGAUUUUGCAACAGCAGCAAUACUACCAGUGGUAUUCACAGUACAAUUACUCAUAUCCCUACAACUACUAUUAUCAAAUGAAUAUGUUUGGCGGGUAUAAUACACCCGGUCAGUAUGGUAUGCCUGGAAAUUAUCAAUCCAUGUCAUCUCCGCAGUCUCAGUCUGGACAGCAUCAAGGAAAUCUAACACAGCCUCCUGUUCCAGGACUUGAAGACAACAGCAUGUCAUACUCUAAUGUUCAUUCAUCGAAUUCCCAAACAUCUCAUCAGCAUGUAAACCACAGUAUGACAAAGGCAUGUAUUCAAGGUGGAAAUCCAGUCAACCAAUCUAAUCAGCAUCAUUCAUCCUCAAACCAACCCAGUUACAAUCAGCAAUCUUUUAAUGAAGGACCAAAACCAAAAAAGGGCCAACAGUUGUGGAAUCGCAUGAAACAGGCUCCUGGUUCUGCCGGAUUUAAGUUUAACAUUCAAAAACGACCACUGGUAAUGAGUAACCAGAAUUUUGCUUCAUCUGAACAUCAUGGUAACAGUGCAGGACAGCAGCACGCAACUCACAUGCAUCAUCCUUUACAGCAACAGCAACCAAAACUAGAGAAAAUCACAGAACAUGGCAAUAAUUCGUCAAAGCCUGAAGACUGGCCACAAGCCAUGAAAGAGUAUGUGCAACGCUGCUUUACAGCAUGUGAAACAGAAGAGGAUAAGGACAGAACAGAGAAACUUCUUAAAGAAGUUUUACAAGACAGAUUACAAGAUGGAUCUGCCUAUACCAUAGACUGGAGUAGAGAGCCGCUACCAGGGAAAGAUAGUGUGAAAGAGAGCCCCAAAAAGAAGCGAUGGGAACAAACUACUCUUCAGUCUCCUCGUGGCAGCAGCAUUACCAUUACCCAGUCUCCAAGAGGGGGCGGGAACAGCACCAGUGCUGGAACCCUUAGAGGCUGUGGCAGCUUUAUUACAAAGUUUGGAAACAGAAACAUCUUCAUGAAAGAAUCCUGCUCCUCCUCAAGCACAGGCUCUAGAUCCCGAUCCAGAUCCUCCUCCCAUUCUCCCCACAGGCGAUACAAACGCAGUGAUUCAGACUCAGAUAGCUCAUGUUCUGGUAAUGAAACUGGACGCAAAAACACCCAAAAAGGCCGUGGUCGAGGAGGACGAGGGAGAGGGAGACUGCAAAGAGGCAAAAGAAGCGACCAAGCUUUCAACAAGAAAAACCGAAAGAAGAAUCCUGUGGCCAUGGUACUGGAAGACCCAGAAAAAGAUUUUAAGAAGGAAAAGCGCGCAGCUCGUUUCCAACAUGGUCAUGGACCGAAGAAGCUGCGUAUAGAACCUCUUGUCUUGCAGAUCAAUAACAUGGAUCAUAGUACAGCUGACAACGUAGACUGGGAAGAGAUAAAAAUUGUCGGCACCUCUCAAGAUAUUACUAAAAAUUACUUGCGUUUAACUUGUGCUCCUCAUCCAACCACUGUGCGACCAGUACCAGUAUUGAAAAAGUCACUAACAAUGGUGAAAGCACACUUUAAGAACAAGCAGGACUAUGUGUAUGCAUGUGAACAAAUGAAGUCAAUACGGCAGGAUUUAACGGUCCAAGGAAUUCGUACAGAGUUUACUGUGGAAGUCUAUGAAUCUCAUGCAAGGAUAGCACUUGAAAAGGGAGACCAUGAGGAAUUUAACCAGUGCCAAGCGCAAUUGAAAUCUCUCUAUGCGGAGAAUCUCACUGGGAAUGUUGGAGAGUUUACAGCUUACAGAAUCUUGUAUUAUAUCUUCACAAAAAACUCUGGGGAUCUAACAACAGAGUUGGCGCACCUGACUAAAGAACUGAAGGCAGACGCUUGUGUUGCACAUGCACUUUCACUUAGAGAAGCGUGGGCUCUUUCAAAUUAUCAUCGGUUUUUCAAGCUCUACAGAGAAUCUCCACGAAUGUCUGGGUAUCUCAUCGAUAAGUUUGCUGAGAGGGAGAGAAAAGCUGCCCUUAAGGCCAUGAUUAAAACUUUUCGGCCGCUGCUCCCAGUUUCCUUCGUCCAGUCAGAACUGGCCUUCGCGAAUGAGGAAGAGUGCCAGAGUUUCCUGGCUUCUCUAUCUCUGGUGUACACAGGGAACGACGGCAGCAAGAUCGAUUGCAAGCUGAGCUUAGCGGUCUUACCAAACUUCUAAAUCGGGCCCUUUUUUAUAAGUCACGUGGCGUAGAACACGUUUCAUGCUCACACCAAGUGUGUAAUAUGAUUCAGAUAUGGUCCCUGUUAACAACGCCUUCCUCUGGAUCAGAGGAUGGAAUGGUGUGGCCAAUGCCUGGGAAUCUCUUCUGGAUGGCCAUAUUUGCUUGUCAGAACAAUAGAUUUCAAACUUCCAUAAAUCUGUGAUUUCCUGCUUUAACUUGGCAAGAAUACUAUAUUUUACUCUUUGUGUAUAUAUAAAUAUAUAUAUUUAAUUGUAUAUACUGGUAUCACCCUAAAUAAGGCACAUUAAUAAGAAACAUGGGAUUUUAUUUAGUAUUAAGUUCCAGUGAUUCUAAAGCAGUACAAUCUGAAUUGAAGGAAACCAUAAAGGACUCUGUAUAUGACUUAUCAUUCCUCAAACAGCAGGACUCGUUAGUCUGCCCUUCAGAAUACUUGCGCAGAGACAGGGCCGAGGUUUCUCCAGUCGGUAAUGGAAUAGAAUAGUUUGAAAUCCCUGUAGAUAUCAAUGAAAAACUCGCACUACCUUCAUUAUAGACGUCUCCUACGUCCCCGUAAUUAAGGAUUUGUGGAUCAAAGGGGUUUUCUUUUUUUUUUAUGGUGAAUCGAUUGUUAUUGACGUUUCAUGUAUAGAAACUAACAAUGUCUCAGUUUCUUCUCUUUACCUCACCGGUACAAGCAUCUGUCCUCGUGCCGCUCCAAAGUGUCUGAAAAUGGCUCUGGAGAGAAGGCAAAUCAACUCAGAGAUGGGGAGGAGUAAAAUGAGCUUCACUUGCUGCACGGCUGAAAGAAAGACUUAUGCUUAAAAUGAACUUUCAAAGCCCGGAAAGUCAGCAUUUGAAGACAGAAGUUAGACCAACAAGCCACACAUGAGCACAGUACCAGCCUUAAAGAUAUCUGGAACCAAUUGCUGCUGGAGCCCUCGCCGCCUGUCAAAUCAGAUUUACCAUUGUUAAUUUUGCACCCUUUUAUUUGAGUUUUUCUUUGCUUUUCCCUUUUGGCCGCUACUAACGUGUUAACGUUUUUCAGCAGGUAACUAUUAAGUUUGUCCCCACCUUCACAUUCCUCCUCCUCUUCACCUCUCACUGAUGUUUCUGUAUUUGUUUUCAACUCCUCCCUUCGCACCACAGUUUUUUUUUUUUUCCUUUAUCCUCUCCCCCUUUUCCUAAAAUUUUUUUUUUUUUCUUUUGGACAUGUGAUGGCAUGGUAAUGUGCAAUAACGAGCAGUUGCUGGUCAAACACUCCUUUUUUUGCAGAUAUCUGUUUUAAAUUUCUCCCUCCCUAUAAUAAAUUGAGUUGGAUA